CCUCCGCGCGCCAGGGGCGCCGAACGGAGGAGGACGAGGGGGCCGGCGGACAUCGAAUAACCACGACCACGACCAGUGCCUCCUCGACGUCAAGGACAACGCGACAGUGGCGAAGAUCAGCGCAGACGAGGAGGAUGACCGCGAUGGCUUGUCACCACAGCGCGUUGCGCCGAAGGGCGGCAACAGCCCCCUGCCCCCCCGCAGCGCCGCUGGCGCCGAAGGGCGGGGGGCAGGGUCGGUCCAAAGAAGGAGACACCAAACUUAAGAACGGAGCAGCAGGCCACCUCGGCCUGGGCCCGCGCCCGCGCGAGGGGCACAUGAAGGACCCCUGCGACAAUACCACGAACAUGCCCAACAAAGAUACCAGCCCCAUGCAGAACAGGGUCGAGAACGCCCCCUCGGCGGCGAGCGCGCCGGCCCCCGUGCCCAUGGGGGCGCCGGCGGCCGCGAGGGGGAUGAGGUCGACCAAUGCCUCUGACACCUGGCCGCGCGGGGGCCGUUCGAAGGGGUAG